UGGCUGAUUGGCCGCGACCGAGGAAAAACCCGGAUGCGCUGGGCAGCGGUGUUGGCAGUCAGGGCUCUGAUAUUUGGGCACUUUUGGGGGUGCCGGUGUCCCGGGCCGAUGGCGCAGGGUUGGGCAGGCUUCUCUGAGGAGGAGCUGAGGAGACUAAAGCAGACUAAAGAUCCAUUUGAACCACAGCGACGUCUUCCUGCAAAGAAAAGUCGACAACAACUUCAACGAGAAAAAGCCAUUGUAGAGCAAAGCCAAAAACUUGGGCUUCAAGAUGGGUCAACCUCAUUACUUCCAGAGCAGCUGCUUUCAGCACCAAAACAGAGAGUUAACCUUCAAAAACCACCUUUUUCUUCCCCUACUCUUCCUGGUCAUUUCAUUCUCACCUCUCCUGUUGGUGAUGGACAACCACAGGGCAUUGAAAGUCAACCAAAGGAAAUGGGACUUGAGAAUUUCCAUGAUCACAGCAAUGUUGACAUUCUACCUCCAAAGCCAGAUUGCAAAUUGGAGAAAAAGAAAGUGGAAUUGUUAGCAAGAAAAGUCUCGUUGGGAAGUCCUCCAACAAGAACAACGGCUAAUGGAAGAGAAAAAUAAACGUAAAAAAGCUCUUUUGGCUAAAGCUAUUGCGGAAAGAUCCAAAAGAACUCAGGCAGAGACCAUGAAACUAAAGCGGAUCCAGAAGGAGCUGCAGGCUUUAGAUGACAUGGUAUCAGCUGACAUUGGAAUUCUCAGGAACCGCAUUGAUCAGGCCAGCUUAGACUAUUCAUAUGCUCGGAAGCGGUUUGACAGGGCUGAAGCAGAAUAUAUUGCAGCAAAGCUAGAUCUACAGCGCAAGACUGAGAUAAAAGAGCAACUCACUGAACACCUUUGUACAAUCAUACAGCAAAAUGAGCUCCGAAAGGCUAAGAAGUUGGAGGAGUUGAUGCAACAACUAGAUGUACAAGCUGAUGAAGAGACUUUGGAGCUUGAGGUGGAGGUAGAGAGAUUGCUACACGAACAAGAAGCAGAAGCAAGGAAACCAGUGGUUCAUUUAGAGAGGCCAUUUCAGCCUGCUGAGGAGAGUGUGACAUUAGAAUGUGCUAAAGAGAACAAAAAGUGUCAAGAACAAGCUGUUUCCCCAAAGGCAGACAAACAGUGUGGAAAUUCCAAUGGCAUCCCCUUUCUUAGUCCAAACUGCCCAAAUCAAGAAGGUAAUGACAUUUCAGCUGCUUUGGCCACAUGAAGUUCUGGUAUUCUUUUGAACUAAUAUGGCAUUCAGUAAAGUAUACUUUUUGCAGUAGAUUAUGCCCUUACCUCCAAUAAAAACCUAUUUAAAACAAUGCUAUGAAUUUUGAAUGAUUAGCUUUCUUAAGUUAAUAUGUUUGGCCAUUCUAAAAUCCGAAAUUAUGAUAAUUUUAUUUCUCAGGGUAUAUUUCAUCUUUAUUUUGGCCUAGUUCUUUCAGUGUUCAUUUACUCUUUUUACUGAAUAAAAUAAAUGACUUAAAAGGAUGGGAGAAAAACUACGUGCUUGGAGUGUUUUUAGACCAGGUAAAUAUAGAAAAGUAAAAUGGAAAAAUGAUACUCAAUACAUAGCUGUACUCAUUUCAUUUCUCCUGGGAGAAGUAUUAAGACUUUCUGAAAGUCCUAUUUUAUUUAAUCAGUAAAAAGGCACAAAAAUUACAAUGUGAAAAAGAGAAAGACAGGAAGAGAAGAAAAAGUUACAGGUUGAAUUAUCUAUCUGGAUAUCACUAGAGUUGUAAAACACAACUUGGAAAUCGGAAUUUAUAUGAAGAACCAGACAACUUAAGCCAGCAUCACUUUUGUCUUCAAUUUGCUUUAAAUGGUUUUAGUUUACAGCCUGCGUUUUGUUCUUUGAAACACACACGCACGUAUCUGUAAAUAUAUUAUAUAUGUAAUUUUACUAUUAUAUUGUCUUUCUUUUAAUCAAUGAAUUGAUUAAAUUUAGACAAAACAUUUCUAAAGCGAGGCUGAAAAUAAUAUAGAAAAUCUCAUUGCUACUUUUGAUUAUCAAAAAAAGUUACCUAUAAAUAUGUAUUUGAAUGUUGGACAUAAAUUAACCUGUCAUGAAGGAUUUAAAAUGUUAAAAUGCUGAUUUUCUUAUUAGUUUGUUAAUUGCCUGUUACUAAUACUUGGCCAAUACAUUGUGCUAUAUGUAAAUGUGUAAGUAAAUAUUGUAAUUUUCUCACAGUCUGAAUAUUACAUUAAAUUAUGAUUUAUUUAUCAGAAAUUCCAAAAAGUAAAAAUAUUACCUUUGAAGACUUUUUUUUAAAAAAGAAUUAUUAUCCCAAAACAUGAGGACAAAUAUAAGAUUGUAUCCAUAAAAGUUUCUG